AUGCGCAGUCACGGUAUCGACGACUAUCUCAUGGUUGGUACCUGGCUGCUCUGGAUAGCGACCAUUGCUGUUACCACUGUAUAUACCGAGAACGGCGGUGCGCGCCAUGUUUACUACAUAGCCCCAGAGAAAGUACCUGUUGUUAUAAGGGAUAGUCUAAUUGCCCAAGCACUGGGGGUGCUCACUCCUGCAUUGGGCAAGAUGAGUGUCGCAGCUGUGAUGGUUCGACUAUUGGGGAGAAGUACUAACGUCUGGAAAUGGCAAUUAUGGUGUCUUCAUAUCAUCAUGGCCAUCUAUAUGGUUAUGAGUAUCCUGGUUGUGAUAUUUGUCUUCGUCCAAUGUAACCCAACGGCCGCUCUUUGGGACACAACGAUUAAAAAUGCCCGUUGUUGGAAAAAGUCAAUCUACAUUGACUACAUUAUUGCACAAUCAUCGGUCGGAACGUUUAUAGACUUUCUGUUAGCAUUAGCGCCAUCCUAUAUGAUCAGGCGAUUGAAUAUGAGUCUGAAAGACAAGAUGGGGCUUUGUGUUCUCUUCGGACUCGGUACCUUCGCUGGCGUUUGCGCAGCUAUGAAAACAGUGAAGCUGAAGGAGUUCGCCAAUGUUAUUGACUUCACUUGGAAUACUUAUGAGGUUUUCUUAUGGGCACAGGCUGAAGUUUUCAUUGUCAUCAUCUGUGGCUCGGUGCCCACACUCAAGCCGCUAUAUCAGCACAUGCGACGAGGCGGAAGGAAACAAUUUGGGCCGCCAGGGUCGCGUUAUCAAUACCGAUCCACAUCGCAGAGAAUGGCAAACAGCUUUGGCUCAGGAGCCAAUCAUUCAACAGCGUCACGACAUGGUGGUAGCAGUCUUAUUGCCAAAGUAUCUGACGAUACUGAUGGUGAACAGCUCGUAACGUAUCCUCCUAAGACCAUCGACAUCCAAGUAUCUGGUGCAGCCUUUAUACCUCGAUCAAGCGAUCAUAAUUCACCAAGAUAUCCUUUUGGAAAUAACGGCAGUGAGCAUGACGAGGUAUGA